UGCCCGCAGGAUGACAAGGAGUACGUGGGCUUUGCCACCCUGCCCAACCAGGUGCAUCGCAAGUCGGUGAAGAAGGGCUUCGACUUCACCCUCAUGGUGGCAGGGGAAUCCGGGCUGGGCAAGUCCACGCUGGUGAACAGCCUGUUCCUGACGGACAUGUACAGGGACAGAAAGCUGCUGAAUGCCGAAGAGCGCAUCACGCAGACGGUGGAGAUCACCAAGCACGUGGUGGACAUCGAGGAGAAGGGGGUGAAGCUGCGCCUGACCAUCGUGGACACGCCGGGCUUCGGUGACGCCGUCAACAACACCGAGUGCUGGAAGCCCGUGGCCGACUACAUCGACCAGCAGUUCGAGCAGUAUUUCCGUGACGAAAGUGGCCUCAACCGGAAAAACAUCCAGGACAACCGUGUCCACUGCUGCAUCUACUUCAUCUCGCCCUUCGGCCACGGGCUCCGGCCCCUGGACGUGGAGUUCAUGAGGGCCCUGCACCAGCGCGUGAACAUCGUGCCGGUGCUGGCCAAGGCGGACACGCUGACCCCCGCCGAGGUGGAGCGCAUGAAGAACAAGAUCAGGGAGGAGAUCGACCACUACGGCAUCCGCAUCUACCAGUUCCCCGAGUGCGACUCGGAUGAGGAUGAGGAGUUCAAGCUGCAGGACCAGGCACUAAAGGAGAGCAUCCCCUUCGCCGUCAUCGGCAGCAACACGGUGGUGGAGGCCAAGGGCCGGCGCGUCCGCGGGCGCCUCUACCCCUGGGGCAUCGUGGAAGUGGUGUGUGGCAGGUUGGGGUUGCUGAGGUUUGGGGGGAUACCUGGAGCCUCUCACAUCCUCAGUGCCUGGAAAGAGGCCUCUUGUGCUGAUGGCCUGGAGGCUCAGGGGCUGUGCAGCAAGCUGACACGGGAGAGUGGGACAGACUUUCCCAUCCCUGUCAUCCCCCCAGUGCCAGAUGUGGAGACGGAGAAGCUCAUCCGGGAGAAGGACGAGGAGCUGCGGCGGAUGCAGGAGAUGCUGCAGAAGAUCCAGAAGCAGAUGAAGGACUCACACUAGCCUCUUCCUCCGCCUCCUCCUCCUCCUCCUGCUCC